AUGGACUUUGAAUCGAUUGCGAAACGCCACGCUGCCCAAGAUCCAAAUGUGCUCUUGUGGAGCUGCACAGAUCUCUUGUCGAACAAAGGCAGUCGGAAGAACAGGUACGCGAUGAUCAUUCUCAACCAGCCGAUCACCCGGAAAGAUGUUUUUGUAAGGGCUUGGGCUGCCAGCGAAGUCCGAUUGUGCGCUGAUGGAGGCGCUAACCGACUCUACGAUCUGUGGGGUCCCUCGCAGAGCUCCAAAUACCUUCCCGACAUGGUCAAAGGCGAUCUCGAUUCACUCCGCCCUGAAGUGGAAUCUUUUUAUGCAUCCAAAGGCGUAACUAUCAAGCAUGACUCGGAUCAAUAUUCGACAGACCUCAUGAAGUGCAUGGAAGAGGUUGAGAACAUUGAGCGAGCCUCUGGCAGGAGGUACUCGUUGGUAUUCAUUGGCGGCCUCUCAGGACGCGUGGACCAAACGGUACACACUAUGCACAUUCUUCAUAAGCUACGCAAGACUCGACCGCUCACCUUUGUGUUAAGUUGCGAAAGUCUAGCUUGGACUCUCGAUGCUGGAUCUCACCUCAUCGAUAUUGAUCAUUCCACCAUGGGUCAAACAUGUGGUAUUCUUCCGGUUGGAGUGGACAGUGCAACGGUCAAGACAAAAGGACUCAAAUGGGAUUUGGAUUGGGCGACCUCGCUUGAUACCAGUGUCUCAACGUCGAACCACCUCCUCCCCUCCGAGCCAGUCGUCCAAGUGCAGACAAGUCGUCCGUUGCUGUGGUGCGUCGAGAUUAAGCCCAAUUUGGAUGCUGCGCCAGUACCGGCCGUCCGAGAUGUCAAGAGCCCAGUCGGCGUUUCUGAGUUUGGCACUGGAAGGGUCUCCAGAGUUGGGACGUAUUAG